AUGGUUAAAGAUGGUAGAUGUGAAAUACAUGAUAUUGAUCAUCUACAAUGGUCUGAGGAUUGUCAAAUGAAGGUACUAAACAAGACCUGUUUUCAUGAAAUUGGGAAGCGGUUUCCACCAUCAAAGAAAUAUCAGCAAUAUUUUCUAAAGUUUCUCAUAAGCAAGGUGGAAGAAAAUAACCAACCUUGUUGCGACCAACUUUGUGAGUUAUAUGUUGCUACACUGCAAGACCAAACUUGCCAACAAGUUUACAAAAGUUACUAUGUGCCUUCUGCAAAUGCAUAUGCAACAUUGGAAGAAAGUUUAUCGUUUAUUUCUAAUGGGACUACAGGUCUAGUUACUUGGACGGCAGCUUUAUUAUUAGCAGAGUGGUGUCUCUCAAAACAAGAUUUUCUUCGUGGGAAAAAAAUCAUUGAACUUGGAAGUGGAAUUGGAUUUACUGGAAUUGUUUUGCUUAAAGCAGUCGAACAAUUAAGCUACACCUUUACAGAUGUGCAUCCAAAUGUUCUAAGCGUUCUUAAAUCAAACGUCGCAAUAAAUUCUCUGGAGAAUGAAAACGUUGCAAUCAAACAAUUAAAAUGGGGCGAACAAUCAACAAUACUUGAACAACCAUAUGAUAUCGUUUUAGCUGCAGACGUCGUAUUCGACCCGAGUAUUAUUCCUGACCUGCUACACACAAUAUCAAUGUUAUUAUGUCGUAACAAAGACGCAAUUCUCGUACUGGUAUCUGUUGUUCGCGCUGAAAAAACGUUCCAAUGCUUUUUGGACGGGUUAGAAAGUACCACUGAGUUAGAACAAUUAGCUUUGAGUUUCUUGUUCAAGAACACAUAUGCUCAUAAUGGUAGCAGUGUCAAGCCUCGAACCAGAUCUUCUUGGCUAGAGGAAAGCACUAACCGAUAA